UAUCGGCAGCUGCUUCAAAAGACAGUUACUCCGGUUGUUUUCCAAAACGCGAGAAGGAUUCAUACGUCACCCCUGCAAACAUAUCGCUCGGGUACAGCACUCCAAGAGAGGCGACGGGGCCGAGGAGCCACGAACUAGUAUACGAACACACUUCUCAGCCCGGGAAAAAGAACUUGGUUCAUCUAUUCGAGGAGUGGUUGCCAGGAUCUAGCUUCCACUUCCCUCAAAGAAUGGGGAUGGGAUCGUUCAGCAAACGAUACGACCCGAUCGCCGACGAGCCUCUCAGCUCGCGGGCAUGGACUCUGCAGGAACGUCUGCUUUCUCGGCGUCUUAUCCACUACGCCCGCGACCAGAUGUACUUUGAAUGCGAGACUUGUAUCCAGUCCGAAGAUGGAUUCACGUUUGGUGACAUCUACUUCGGGAUGAAACGCCUUCUAGAAACGCAGCGUAUAUCCCAUAAGCAGCACGGACUUUCCCAGACAUCCGGAAUCUCUUCCAUCGUCGGCCAGGAGGCUGGGGGGAAGUACCCUGGAAUUAGGUAGCAAGGGGGAUAGCUCUCCUUGGUCGAGAACUAUACGAUGCGCAAUUUGACGGUGCAGCGCGAUAAGCUCACUGCGUUGGCUGGCGUGGCGAGAGCGGUGGCAGAAGAGACUCGGGAUUGCUACUACGCGGGCUUAUGGCAGAAGCACUUCAUGGAAGAUCUAUGUUGGCGGAUGUACCCCUAUGAAGAGAUAGAGGAUCGGAGGGAUGCGAAGAUCACGCCGCUAACGGGAAAACAAUUGGGGACUGUCCGUAGGCCAACUGAGAACCUAGUCUCCUCGAUUAUCAAUUGUUCAACUGUUCCUGCCGGUAAAGACCCCUACGGUAGGGCAUCGAGUGGUAAGCUGGAUAUAGAGGGACCCAUAUACGAAGUUAAACCCCAUACGCCGAAGAAGAGGUGGGAUCGACACGGCAUCCCGGUGGAAAUCGAUCUAGAAGAUGACCGCGGUAUGUCGGCCGGGAGCUUGCAUCUAGACGUACCAGAGGAGUCGAUCUCGUACCCCUGCUACGCUCUGUUCCUGGAUCCCUCGAAAGCGUUAAUCCUGCGAACUAAUGAGCUGGAAGCCAAGCGGAAUGAAGACGGAACUAAAGAUCCAAAUACUCUAGUCUCUAAGCCGGUUCUGACGGCUCCUGAUGUCAAUCAUAACAUAGCCGAGCAUCCGGAGACGAAAACUUUCGUUUUCCAAGCCAUGUACCAAGUUGUUCGCAUCGGAGUAGGAGUUUUUAUCAAAGAACCGACGAAGAAUAAAGAGCAACUUGAAAAUGAAGAAGAGAAGGAACCGGAGAUGUGGGACGAGGCGAAGCAGGGAAAGCUGACACUAGAUAAGAUCCUACACGUCGAGGGAGACCAGUCGUGGGGGCCGGUUACGAAGGAUGAUCCCCAAAUAUGGAUACUCAUAACCGUACUCAAGAUUGAGUAUAGGUAA